ACCGUCUCAACACAAGCAAUCAUUUAUGCCAAUUCCUUCUCCAUUUAUCUAUUAGUUGAUAUUUCGCAUACAAACAAUAACUGUGAUGUGAUUUGCCAUUAAAUCCUAAUCUUAAAAAUCAUCCUUUACAUUAUUUGUACCAGUUUUCUUGAUGCGCGUUUCGUGCGUUGUUCUUGUCGGUUGAUCCAUUGCCUUGUCGUGGAAGCAGUUCUUCUGCAUUUUUUCGUCCUGUUUAAUGAAGUUCGGCGGUUCUCACUUUCCUUUUCAUUCCUCGAAUUCGGUUGAUGAUCAAAUACAAUUAUUAUUCUUUUCCGCAGUUUUGGUUGGUGUUAAAUCGAGAGAGAAGCGAGGAUUAAACUGCACCGUUACCAUUGAUGGGGAACGAUGACAAUGGCCGUUGUGUAUUUCCUUUGACAAGUUUACAAAUUGGGGAUUUGCAGUCCUACCUUUCACAUCUUAAUCUAUAUCUGGCCACUGAAAGUAGAAAACUCUAUAUCUUGGUGGACAACAGGCCAUGGUUGAAAGAUCUUGGCUCCAAGCCUACGCAUUUUUGGCAAUUGAUGGUCACUAAGUCCAGGAUGUCUCCCUUUGCGAACAGUAGAGGGAAAAAGAAGAAAAAAAUGACAGGUGAAGAUUCAGAGUUACCUGCUCCUUCCAAAUCAAAUUUAGACAAAUCGAAGAAGUUCAAAAAGUGGUUAUCAUUGACUGAUGCUGCAAUGUUAUCCAGGAAGAGAGCUUUGCUUCCUGUAAAGAAGCUUAGGAACUCUUUGAUUUUAAAUAGCAAAUUGCAUAGAACCUUGUACGGCUUUAUCGUGUUUGAGGUCGCAUGGAGUAGUGUGCGUGGCAUCAACUAUUUUAACGAGCUUCAGACUGAUACAUCACUAGCAAUAGAAGCUAAAUUCAUGAGCAGAUGGGAAUUCGAUAGUAUAGAGCAAGCUGUCCGAUGCAUGUCUUCAUGGUUCCCUGGGACACACAAUGAACAGACUCUCUUGAGAGAUUAUUUGGACGCUACAGCAGGGGAGAUUUUCCAUGAUGCUCAAGAUAAUUUUCCGAGGUCUAUCAAUGUGGAGAAUGAUGACAGUGGUAGUGGUGAUGAUUCUCCUCUCUCCCCUAGUUAUUGCACUGUAUAUUCAGAAAAAAAGGUGGAAAAUAGAACAAGUGGACUGCAUACACCACCUCCCCCUGAAGGCCCUUACAAGAGAAGGAAAGUUAUGAAGUUUAUUAAUAGUGAUGUUGACCUUGACAUUUAUUCUGAAGAAGUAGACUCUGAAAGUGUUCGAACGCCAAUACAUUCUUCGAACUCUUGUGCAAGUGAUUGCAAGGACAAAGUUGAAGCUACCCAGUACAGGGAUGUAUUGAUAUUACUUCGAUUCAAUGAUCGAGACCUUCCUUUUAAAUUGAAGGAAAUAAUUGUGUCUGACUUGCGGUUACUCACUCUACUUGAAUCUGGGCUUCCAUCUUGGGUAAUUUUCGUUCAAUCUUAUCCGCUAUUUUGCCAUCUGUAUCGUCCAUGGAUGUGCCCUUUGGCAAGAUUUUUAUAUGUGCUUAUUUCAAUUGUUACUGUCCUCAUUGGAUUCUAUGAUCUGUACAAAAACGUACCAGUUCUCAAGGCAACAGCUUCUAGUUUGUUCGGACCCCUUUUUGAUUGGAUAGAGACCUGGGAAAUGAUUUCGAGAAUAAAAUAUUUGGGAACUAUGCUGUUUCUACAUAAUUUUCAGAAGGCUGUUCAGUGGUUUCUUAUGAUGGCACGAACAACGCGGUCAUUUCUUUCAAUAUUUCCACAGCCAAUGGUAGAACCUCUUGUGGAAUUAUUGGACUUCUUCCUUCCUCUUUGGAGUAUGUGUAUACAACUUGCAGAGAGUUUCUUGUCUGUAAUUUGGACUGUGGUGGAGUCUUCUUGCACAGUAACUGGAAAGCUUGUUGAGAUUCUACUACUUCCAAUGUGGUAUAUACUCUCAUUAUUUUGGAGUGUUGCUACGUCCAUCAUAUGGCCUAUAUUCUGGAUUCUCUGUGAAAUACUCUAUGCGCCAUUCCGUUUGGUCCUUGGAUUGUGUGGCCUUGUGGCUUUCAUAUUCAGUUCCGCAUAUGAGCUGGUUGGAUAUAUUUGGAUGUUUGUGAGCGGUAUCUUUCAGUUCACUUCAAAUGUUGAGUCAACAGUGAGUUCAUACGAGGUUUCAAUGUGGCGUUCUCUUUGGCAUGACCUUUUCUCCCAGGUUUUCCGUGCUCUCCGAAGCAUUCUUAAUGGUUUUGUGGCCUUCUUCACAGCCUGCAACAGGCACCGUCUAAGCAUAUAUAAUCAUGUGAAGGAGUUUAUCCGAAGAUUAUCAUGCGCUGCCAAGAGAACACGGUCUCAAGAAAAAGGUCACGGGAGGAGGCCUGGAGCUCAAAAAAUGGAGUAAUUUUGUCAAAGACGGGAUCUUUUACAGUGCAAUUGUACCAUCUGUAUAUAGGAGAGGAAGCUAAACAGAGACUAACCAGCAAAGAAUUUUUGUAAUUUAAAUAUAGAUUAUGAAUGCUAGAUUAGUCCUUAACAUUAUCCAGCGCUUAAAUUAGCAUGGAGGGGCUGCAGCAACGAGUAAAUUUUAUCCAGCGCGUUCUAGGCCUUACUAUGUUACCUAGCUAGGGUCUUUUAGUGCACGUGCUUGGCUUCUCUGUUUGUAAUAUUCUUUAUCUUGUACGAAUAAUCAUCGAUUUUCUUCUAUGUAAAGUAUCAAUUCCCAAGCGCUA